AUGUGUGAGAUUGUUAAAAAGGUGGCGAACAAGAAAGAGAAAGUCCCCGCUGGAGUCGAUGACGUCGACCAAGACCUGCAAUGGUUGUUUACGCAUCGGCCGAUGUUUGGAGAAGAAGGGUCUUCAAUGUCAAUGCUAUCGGAGAUUAGUAGGGAAAGGGAGAUGUCAGCUAUGGUUUCAGCUUUGACUCACGUCGUAACCGGCAACAUCCCAGAGCUGCCACCCAAUGAAAAAUUUGGUGAUUUCGGUUCGAAUACAAUUGGUGAUGGUGAUACCAAUAUUAGUCCAUCAUCUGGAAUUGGUGGGAAAAAGAGAGAAAGGGAAGAACAGGAGGGUGACGGUGGAGGCAUGGCGGUGGAGGCAAACGCCCCUCCAAAAUUGGUCCAAAUAUAUGAAUACAAGAGCAACGAGAACAGUAUAGAAGAACCGAGGAGGAGAUACAGGGGAGUGCGGCAGAGGCCAUGGGGGAAAUGGGCAGCUGAGAUAAGGGACCCCUUCAAAGCCGCUAGAGUUUGGCUAGGCACAUUCGACACCGCCGAGGCCGCCGCCAGAGCCUACGACGAAGCCGCCCUUCGAUUCCGAGGCAACAAAGCCAAACUCAACUUCCCUGAAAACGCCAAACUCAUAUCACCCUCUCCACCAAUAACAACAACACCAGCUACCCAUUUCUCUGUUCCGUCUCAUCAACUUCAACCCUCUCGAGCUUCCGCCCAGUACAUCCACUAUUCUCAGUAUUUGGUUGGUUCCGGCAAUGAUUUUCCAAGUGGAUCACAACAGCAGUCUAUGAACCCCUACGACCAAAUGGUUUUGUCAACUUCAGUUGGUUAUCGUGAACAAUCUUCUUCUUCUUCUAUACCGACUUCGUAUCCCAUCGUUGUCCCAAUUCAAACGUCGGGUCAGAACCUCAACUUGGGUAGCGGCAGUCAAGCUGUCGGUGUUGGAGAUGUUGCGGUACAUGCUUGGCCAUCAGAUUCUACUCAUCAUAAUAUGUCAACCUCUAAAUAGUGUCUUUCUUACAUAAUCGGCUACUACAUUUUUUUUUAAAUUUUUCUUUAAACUUUUGGCGUUUUGCUCAUUCUAUUCCCAAGUAUUAACAUAUUCUGUUAUUUUUGUGGGACUAUUGAGAUCAUACUCAUAUGUUGAUGAGAAUAUUGUUGAGUAGAAACAGUAAUCAUGAUUAAAAGAACCAAUCACUGUUUAAAGAUUUAAAUUUUAUA